UUGUUUCUUUCUUUCUUUUGUUCCUUCUUUCUUUCAUCCUUUUUUUCUUUCUUUCUUUCAUUCAUUCUUAUUCACUGUCCUCUUUAUUACUACUAUUUUCUUUCUUUUUUCUUUCUUUCUUUCAUUCAUUCUUAUUCACUCUCCUCUUCUUUAUUACAUCAUUUUCUUUCUUUAUUUCUUUCAUCCUUUCUUUCUUUCUUUCUUUCUUUCUUUCUUUUUUUCUUUCUUUCUUUCUUAUUCACUCUCCUCUUCUUUAUUACUAUCAUUUCCUUUCUUUCUUUCUUUCUUUCUUUCUUUCAUUCAUUCAUUCUUAUUCACUUUCCUCUUCUUUAUUACAUGAUUUUCUUUCUUUAUUUCUUUCAUCCUUUCUUUCUUUUUUCUUUCUUAUUCGCUCUCCUCUUCUUUAUUACUAUCAUUUCCUUCCUUUCUUUCUUUCUUUCUUUCUUUCUUUCUUCCUUUCUUUCUUUCUUUCUUUCUUUCAUUCAUUCUUAUUCACUCUCCUCUUCUUUAUUACAUCAUUUUCUUUCUUUAUUUCUUUCAUCCUUUCUUUCUUUCUUUCUUUCUUUCUUUCUUUCUUUUUUUCUUUCUUUCUUUCUUAUUCACUCUCCUCUUCUUUAUUACUAUCAUUUCCUUUCUUUCUUUCUUUCUUUCUUUCUUUCAUUCAUUCAUUCAUUCUUAUUCACUCUCCUCUUCUAUAUUACAUCAUUUUCUUUCUUUAUUUCUUUCAUCCUUUCUUUCUUUUUUCUUUCUUAUUCGCUCUCCUCUUCUUUAUUACUAUCAUUUCCUUCCUUUCUUUCUUUCUUUCUUUCUUUCUUUCAUUCAUUCAUUCUUAUUCACUUUCCUCUUCUUUAUUAUAUGAUUUUCUUUCUUUAUUUCUUUCAUCCUUUCUUUCUUUCUUUCUUUCUUUUUUUCUUUCUUUCUUUCUUAUUCGCUCUCCUCUGCUUUAUUACUAUCAUUUCCUUUCUUUCUUUCUUUCUUUCUUUCUUUCUUUCUUUCUUUCAUUCAUUCAUUCAUUCUUAUUCACUUUCCUCUUCUUUAUUAUAUGAUUUUCUUUCUUUAUUUCUUCCAUCCUUUCUUUCUUUCUUUCUUUCUUUUUUCUUUCUUUCUUUCUUAUUCGCUCUCCUCUUCUUUAUUACUAUCAUUUCCUUUCUUUCUUUCUUUCUUUCUUUCUUUCUUUCAUUCAUUCAUUCUUAUUCACUUUCCUCUUCUUUAUUAUAUGAUUUUCUUUCUUUAUUUCUUUCAUCCUUUCUUUCUUUUUUCUUUCUUAUUCGCUCUCCUCUUCUUUAUUACUAUCAUUUCCUUCCUUUCUUUCUUUCUUUCAUUCAUUCUUUCUUUCUUUCAUUCAUUCUUAUUCACUCUCCUCUUCUUUAUUACAUCAUUUUCUUUCUUUAUUUCUCUCAUCCUUUCUUUCUUUUUUCUUUCUUUUUUUCUUUCUUUCUUUCUUAUUCGCUCUCCUCUUCUUUAUUACUAUCAUUUCCUUUCGUUCUUUCUUUCUUUCUUUCUUUCUUUCUUUCAUUCAUUCAUUCUUAUUCACUUUCCUCUUCUUUAUUACAUGAUUUUCUUUCUUUAUUUCUUUCAUCCUUUCUUUUUCUUUCUUUCUUUCUUAUUCGCUCUCCUCUUUAUUAUUACUAUCAUUUCCUUCCUUCCUUUCUUUCUUUUCUUUUUUUCUUUCUUUCUUUCUUAUUCACUCUCUCUUCUAUAUUACAUCAUUUUCUUUCUUUAUUUCUUUCAUCCUUUUCUUUCCUUCUUUCUUUCUUUCUUUCUUUCUUUCUUCGCUCCUUUCUUUAUUACAUCGUUUUUUCUUUCUUUAUUUUUUCAUUCUUUUCUUUCUUUUUUUUUUCUUUCUUUCUUUUCUUUCUUUUCUUUCUUAUUCGCUUUCCACUUCUUUAUUACUAUCAUUUCCUUCCUUUCUUUCUUUCUUUCUUUCUUUCUUUCAUUCUUAUUCACUCUCCUCUUCUUUAUUACAUCGUUUUCUUUCUUUAUUUUUUUCAUUCUUUCUUUCUUUUUUCUUUCUUUCUUUCUUUCUUUCAUUCAUUCUUAUUCACUCUCCUCUUCUUUAUUACUAUCAUUUCCUUUCUUUCUUUCUUUCUUUCUUUCUUUCAUUCAUUCAUUCUUAUUCACUUUCCUCUUCUUUAUUAUAUGAUUUUCUUUCUUUAUUUCUUUUUCAUCCUUUUUUUUUUUUUUCUUUCUUAUUCGCUCUCCUCUUCUUUAUUACUAUCAUUUCCUUCCUUUCUUUCUUUCUUUCAUUCAUUCUUUCUUUCUUUCAUUCAUUCUUAUUCACUCUCCUCUUCUUUAUUACAUCAUUUUCUUUCUUUAUUUCUUUCAUCCUUUCUUUCUUUUUUCUUUCUUUUUUCUUUCUUUCUUUCUUAUUCGCUCUCCUCUUCUUUAUUACUAUCAUUUCCUUCCUUUCUUUCUUUCUUUCUUUCUUUCUUUCUUAUUCACUCUCCUCUUCUAUAUUACAUCAUUUUCUUUCUUUAUUUCUUUCAUCCUUUCUUUCCUUCUUUCUUUCUUUCUUUCUUUCUUAUUCGCUCUCCUCUUCUUUUUUACUAUCAUUUCCUUUCUUUUCUUUUCUUUUUUUCUUUCUUUCAUUCAUUCACUUUUCAUUCUUUUAUUACAUUUUUCUUUCUUCUUUCUUUCAUCCAUUCUUUUUUUUUUUUAUUUCUUUCUUCCUUUCUUUCUUUUUCUUUCUUUCCUUCGCUUUCUUUCUUUCUUUAUUUCUUUCUUUCUUUCAUUCUUAUUUCCUUCCUAUAUUACAUCAUUUCUUUCUUUCUUUCUUUUUCUUUCUUUCUUUCUUUUUCUUUCUUUUCUUCGCUCUCCUCUUCUUUAUUACAUCAUUUUCUUUCUUUUUUUUCUUUCAUCCUUUCUUUCUUUCUUUUCUUUCUUUCUCUUUUCUUUUUCUUUUUUCUUUCUUAUUCGCUUUCCUCUUCUUUAUUACUAUCGUUUUUCUUUUUCUUUAUUUUUUUUUCAUUUCUUUUUCUUUUUUUUUACAUCUUUUCUUUCUUUCUUUCUUUCUUUUCUUCUUUUCUUUCUUUUUUUCUUUCUUCAUUCUUAUUCACUUUCCUCUUUAUUACUAUCAUUUCAUUUCCUUCUUUCUUUCUUUCUUUCUUUCUUUCAUUCUUAUUCACUCUCCUCUUCUUUUAUUACAUCGUUUUUCUUUCUUUAUUUUUUUCAUUUUCUUUCUUUCUUUUCUUUUUUUUUUCUUUUUCUUUCUUUUCUUUCAUUCAUUUCUUUCUUCUAUCUUUCCUCUUCUUUAUUACUAUCAUUUCCUUUCUUUCUUUCUUUCUUUUUUCUUUCUUUCAUUCAUUCAUUCUUUCUUCACUUUCCUCUUCUUUAUUACAUUUCCUUUUUUUUCUUUCUUUCUUUUCUUUCUUUCAUCCUUUUUCUUUUCUUUUACAUCUUUCUUUUUUUAUUUCUUUUCUUUCUUUCUUAUUCUUUCUCCUCUUUUCUUUUUACUAUCAUUUCCUUUCUUUCUUUCUUUCUUUUCUUUCUUUCUUUCAUUUUCAUUUCUUUGUUUUCCUCUUCUUUAUUUAUUACAUGAUUUUCUUUUUUUAUUUCUUUUUCAUCCUUUUUACUUUCUUUUCCUUUUUUUUUCUUUUCUUUCUUCUCUUCUUCUUUAUUACUAUCAUUUCCUUCCUUUCUUUCUUUCUUUCUUUCUUUCUUUCUUUCUUAUUCACUCUCCUCUUCUAUAUUACAUCAUUUUCUUUCUUUAUUUCUUUCAUCCUUUCUUUCCUUCUUUCUUUCUUUCUUUCUUUCUUAUUCGCUCUCCUCUUCUUUAUUACUAUCAUUUCCUUUCUUUCUUUCUUUCUUUCUUUCAUUCAUUCAUUCUUAUUCCUUUUCCUCUUCUUUAUUACAUGA